UUCGUGAAACUCCGAUCAGUUACGUGUAGCGCGUGAGACGAUAAGGUUCGUCGGUGUGUCGGUCGCGUGUAAACUCGUAGUGUGUUUUUUUUCGUUUUAAUCCUUGGCUCGUUUUUUUUUUAUUUCCUCUCCUCUUCCCCUUCCCCUCCGAAUCUCCCACCCCGUCUUUUUCCUUCUUCCUUUCUUAUCACCUUUCCCCGAUCAAAAUCUUCAUUCCUCGUAAUCCACAAAAAAGAAAACGAACUAAAAAUCAGUGUGGUGUGUGUUUGCAACAGUGAACAAAGUGCCUAAACAAUUUGUCAGUGUGUAAAAUAGUGUGUAUAAAAAAAAAAGGAAAAACCACAAGUAUGAAUUACAUCGACUUAUCGAAAAAUCUUAGUGCGUUUAUCAAAGCCUGUUUUCAAACUUGGGAUACCUGACAGCUGUCAACAACGCUUGUAAGGAGGAUUCAAAGAAACCGGUGCUCGAGUCUCAGAAGCUCUGCGGCGCGAGGAAUCGCACGAUCUGCGACUUGUUGCAGCCUGUCCAUAACGUUUCCUCUUCCUUACACGAACCUUAGUGAAACGUUUCUGUAUUACGCCUGGAAAAUGAAUUCCACGAACGGUAAGCUUUUCGAAACACGGUCCGGACCGACCGGAGAAGGACGGAGGGGUGCUCGAGGUAAGAAGACACCCCCGCGGAGAGGCGGUUCCUCGCAGAAGAGGAGGAGGAGGAGGGCUAGGAGGGUUAGGAACGAAUGGUUGUGAGAGGUAUUAAAUCGUGCCCACGCAUACGAGGUCGUCUUCGUCGUCAGCGUCGCCGUUUUCGCCGUCCUCAUCGAAGAAGAAGAAGAAGAAGAUGAAGAAUAAAAAUAAAAAUAAAAAUAAAAAUAAAUAUAAAAAUAAAAAGUAUUAUAAAAUAAGAAAAAAGAAAGAGAGAAGAAAACGAAGCAAGACCGACGGGUAGCCGAUCUCGUGGCGCGCACAGUGGCAAGAAGAAGAUAGGGGAAGUUCAUAUGACGAUGAGUGAGUGAGAGAGAGAGGGAGAGAGAGAGAGUGAAUAAGGUUGUGAAUAAGAGGUGGGGGUAGCAUAAGAGGGAAGGUUCAGCUUGCUCCGUAGAGGUCGCUAGGGAGGUCGGUAUGAACCCGCCCACUAGAACGGAGAUAUAGGAGCCGAUUGGUCGAGUGGAAUGAUGGCAGGCGAGCGUGCCAAUCGAUAGCCGUCGGUAGACUCGCUCCUUCGGCUAUGGUCGCGUCGAUCCUGCAGGAGUGGGGAUAUCCUCGCGUACUGGUGGGAGAGAACCGCACGGUGGGGCCCAAGCUGCCAAACCGUUCUGCCUAAGGGUAGGGGGAGAAAACCGAGUAGUGGUGGAAGUAGCAGCCGCCUUGGCAGGAAGUGAGCCCCGAGUGUUAGAGCCCAAGGCGAAACUUCGAAUGCUCAGAUGGUUCUGUCCUUUCGAAGAGAACGGUGGUCAAUCUCUUCUUAACUUGUGUACCUUAGGACGUGUUAGAGUUACCGAAGAAAAUACGUGUGCCUGCAUCCAUUCACGCGCAUUUCCUAUACGUAUCGUAAACGGAUAUACGGAUUAGUAAUACGCAUAAGAAAGUAGAGGGAGGAGGUGUAGGAGGACAAAAGUGGAGGGGAAAGAAGAAGUAGUCUCUAUUUGUCUCUCAGAUUGGUGAUCAUUCUAGACUGUUAACAGUAGUAGAAUCAUUCGGUAUCGAGGUGUCAACAACAACGGAUCGUUCUCGUGUCGUGAGUACAAUUAAUAAAUUCAACGUGUUGUUUCAUUUUGGUGUUAUAAAUAUUAGUGACAUUAGAUUUCUUAUUAAAUACGAGAACGCUAGCGAGUGAUAUAAUAAAACUUUAUGGAAGAUUAUUAUUAUUAUUAGAAAACAAGUUUAUCGCACGAACGUGAUUUUUUCGCGCGCGCGUUUAUCCGUAUUAAUAGUGUGCAUUAUUAUAUUUUGUGAGUAUUUGUGAUUUUAUCGAAUGCAAACUUCUUAUACUGAAUCAUAUAUAUACUAUUCAUGUGUUUGAUUAUCGUUAUUAAAAGAACAUAGACUCUUAGUGAGAUUCGAUUUCAAAGAGAAGAAGAAAAAGAAGAAGAAGAAGGGUAGUGAACGAAACCGCGCUUCUAAGAUCUGAUCGGUAAAGUGUCUCGUCGAGGCAUUCUUUGACGUAAUACGGUUUAAGAAAACGGCGACAAACUGUACGGCCACAGGGAGGACGACAUGCUAACGAUGGAGUCGGACCUGAAGGGCGGUAGCCUGCAUGGUCAAAUGCCACCACAUCCGCAUCAAGGUGUAUCACCGAUGGGCCAUCAUACCGGUGUUUCACCUUACGGAACUCUUAGUUCCAUAGUGCAUAGUCCAGCUUUAUCUGGAAGCCCACCGAGCAGCAGCAACUUAGGAUUAAGUUUGCAACAUCAACAUUACCAUGCUUCGAUGCAAGCUGCAGUGCAACAGCAACAACAGCAUCAACAGCAACAACAACAACAACAACAACAACAGCAACAGCAGCAGCAGCAGCAGCAACAACAAAGCAUGCAUCACCCUCUAGCUGCUCAACAAAGUGCUGCACAACAGCAGCACCAUCCUCACCAACAGCCCCAACCACAACAGCAGCAAGCCCAACAGCAGCACCACCAGGCUUCAAAUAAUAAUAAUAAUACGAAUAAGCCUCCAACCGGUGACCGUGUAAAAAGGCCGAUGAAUGCAUUUAUGGUCUGGUCCCGUGGCCAACGACGCAAGAUGGCCCAAGAAAAUCCAAAAAUGCAUAAUUCCGAGAUUUCCAAACGUUUAGGCGCCGAAUGGAAAUUACUUAGCGAAAGCGAAAAGCGCCCAUUUAUUGAUGAAGCUAAACGAUUGCGCGCGGUGCACAUGAAAGAGCACCCAGAUUACAAGUAUCGUCCAAGAAGAAAGACGAAGACUUUAAUGAAGAAAGAUAAGUAUCCGAUCAGUGGCUCCGUCGGUGCAGUCGGAGUCAAUGUUAAUAGCAUCCUCGGCGUUGAUCAACGACAAGUUGGCAGUGCCGGUGGACCCCAACAAGGGCAAAUAUCUCGCGACGUUUAUCAAAUGGCGAACGGAUAUAUGCCAAAUGGUUAUAUGAUGCACGAUCCGGCGGCUUCGUAUCAACAACACGUUGUAUACGGAAAUCCAAUGAGCGGAGCGGCGGCUGCUGGAUAUCCCAGAUACGAUAUGGGACAUCACAUGGGUAAUGGUAGUCCACCCAUGAACCCAAAUUACAUUAAUGGAUAUGGUGGUUAUCCUGGAAGUACGGUGCCCGGCGGCUCACCUUCACCGUACCAUCAACCCCAAUCAGGAUCUCAAAUGUCGAGCCAUAGUCCCAGUGGCAGCAGUAUAAAAUCUGAGCCGACGAGUCCUGCAAGUGCGGGAAUACACACUCCCACGCCAACAAACGGGCCAAUUCCCGCUAAUGCAACGGCUGCUCCACAACAACAGCAGCAAGCGCAAGCUGCCGCCGCAGUUAAACGCGAAUAUAUGGCUCAACAAAGCCACCAGACUCAUCAAUCUCCAGGAGAUCUUAGGCAGAUGAUAUCCAUGUAUCUGCCCCAAGGAGUCGACCAGGGUGUUGGUGGUCAACAUGGUGCUGGAGUCUACCCGUCUGGACCAUCACCAGAUUCUUUGGCGCAACAUCAUUCAAUACCGCCAAUCAAUCAUAU